AUGGCCUACCCGCCGCGACGGGCGAACGUCUCCAAUUCUGCUGGCCACACAGGUCGUGUGCGGGUCCGGUCCCUCGGGUCGACAUCCUCCCUGAUGCGGGUUCAGGCUGGGGAGAGGGGGGUCGGAUGGGAAUCGACGGGGGCAGGUGGCUACGGGCAGUACUAA